AGCAGGGGCCGGAGGGGGGGUCCCAUCUCCCCGAGGCGCAGGGACACUGACAGGCCCGCGGCGGAGGGAGGAGGGUGCCCGGGGAUGCCCGGAUGUAGGGCCCGUCCGCCCUCCCCCCGCAGGCGCCGUCCGUCUCCCGCUCCCCGGCCCUGCGAUGCCGCCUCCCCGCGCCGGGACCCCGUCCCGCACCGCGCGGGUCUCCCGCUGCCUCAGCUUCAGCGCCUGCCACCGGCUGCACAGUAAGUCACUGAGUGAUGAAGAAAACCUGAAACUCUUUGGGAAAUGCAACAAUCCAAACGGACAUGGACACAACUAUAAAGUUGUAGUGACUGUGCGUGGAGAGAUUGAUCCUACAUCAGGAAUGGUUAUAAACCUGACGGCCCUGAAAGAAUAUAUGCAGGAAGCCAUCAUGGAGCCACUUGACCACAAGAAUCUGGAUAAAGACGUGGCUUACUUUGCUGAUGUUGUCAGUACGACUGAGAAUGUGGCAGUGUACAUCUGGGAAAACCUCCAGAAGCGCCUGCCCGUGGGGACUCUUUAUAAAGUCAAAGUGUAUGAAACGGACCAGAACAUCGUUGUGUACAAGGGGGAAGAGACGACGCUUGAGAAAUGAAAUUCAACUCAGCUGGUCACAGUCUUCUGAGGAAUUAAUCGAACCGGUAUAUCAAUGGAGUAUACAUGGUGUAUCUAUGACAUGUAGACAGUGAUUUUGUAGAGUGGUUUUGUUUUUUAAUAUAAAGUCAUUUUUAGGUAAUUAAAGACAAUUAUUGUGGCAAGCUAA